AUGGACAAGUUGCCAAAGCGCGACGGUAACUACGUCCCCCUAAGUCCCAUCACAUUCCUGCCUCGCGCCGCCGCUGUGUAUGCUGACCGCACCUCUCUCAUCUACGGCGGCACUACCUUCACCUGGCGCCAGACGUACGCCCGCUGCUGCCGCCUCGUCGCUGCGCUCCAGGUCCUCGCCGUCUCCAAGAACGAUGUCGUGUCGGUUCUUUCUCCCAACACCCCCGCGCUGUACGAGAUGCAUUUUGCUGUCCCAAUGGUCGGCGCGGUCAUCAACGCCAUCAACAUCCGCCUGGAUGCCGCCGCCGUCGCCGCCAUCCUGAGGCAUGCCGCACCAAAGCUCCUCUUCGUCGACUACCAGUACACAGGCGUCGCCAAGGAUGCCCUUAACUCCAUCUCGGACAAGAACUUGCCGCUUCUCGUCGUCAUCGAUGACAUUGACACACCCACGGGCGCGCGCCUUGGCGAGCUGGAGUACGAACAGCUGGUGGCGCGCGGUGACCCGGCGAGGUACCCACCGAGGCAGGUCGCGGAUGAGUGGGACGCCGUCGCGCUCAACUACACCUCUGGCACGACGUCUGCGCCCAAAGGCGUCGUGUGCAGUCACCGCGGCAGCUACCUUAGCACCGUGGGGCUCCUCCUCCAGUGGGGCGUGGACAACGAGCCGGUUUACCUAUGGUCGCUCCCCAUGUUCCACUGCAAUGGCUGGACCUUCACUUGGGGCGUGGCGGCGCGCGGCGGCACCAACGUCUGCGUCCGCGCCCCGACAGCCAACGCCAUGUACUCAGCUAUCGCUAACCACGGCGUCACCCACAUGUGCGUCGCACCCGUGCUCUUCAACGUCCUCCUAGAAGCCCACCGCGAGCCGCUGCGCCGCACCGUCGAGGUGCUCACGGGUGGCGCGCCGCCGCCCGCGGCGCUGGUGGAGCGCGUGGAGCGGCUGGGGUUUAACGUCACGCAUGCCUACGGCAUGACGGAAGCCACAGGCCCGGCCAUGGUGUGCGAGUGGCGGGAGCGCUGGGACGCGCUGGCCCCGAGAGAGCGCGCGCUGCUCAAGGCGCGGCAGGGCGUGGGCGCACUCUCCCUCGCCGGCGCCGAGGUGAAGGAUCUCAAGACCAUGGAGAGCGUGCCCCGCGAUGGCGCCACCCUCGGAGAGAUCGUGCUGCGCGGGAGUAGCCUGAUGAAGGGAUACUACAAGAACCCGGAAGCCACGGCAGCAGCGUUUCGCGGCGAGUGGUUUCUGACCGGCGACGUGGGCGUUGUGCACCCGGACGGGUAUGUGGAGAUCAAGGACCGGUCGAAGGACGUGAUCAUAUCCGGCGGCGAGAACAUCAGCAGCGUGGACGUUGAGGCGGGGCUGUACGGCCACCCUGCAGUGCGGGAGGCGGCGGUGGUCGCCAUGCCGCACCCGCACUGGGGCGAGACGCCCUGCGCUUUCGUCGCCCUGAAGAAACAGUUGGACUUCGGCGCUGACGAAGUAAGCGAGGAGGCGAUUGUGUCCUUCUGCAGGAGCAAGAUGGCGCAUUUCAUGGUGCCUAGGAAAGUGGUGUUCGUCGAUGAGCUGCCCAAGAAUGUCACGGGGAAGGUGCAAAAGCUCUCGCUGCGGGAGAGGGCGCGUGGGCUUAGGCCCAUCGCUUCAAAGAUAAGAGGGUCUGUACCGGCCCGGCUCACCGUGUCGAAGCUUUGACUAGCAACACAUAACAUGAAUCCUGGCCUAC